AUGAUGUCCCUCCGUGCCAUCGCCCGCGCGGCCCCUAGAGUCCUCGCUCGCCCCUCCACCCUCAGACCCGCCGUCGUCAGAACCGCUGCCGCCACCGCUGCACGCCCCUCUUUCGCCAUCACACAAAAGGCUUCGGCCGCCUUUUCCACAUCCGCCUUGAGACGGGCGCCCGCCGGCGAGGUGGACGAGGAGCUCGCCGCCAAGCUGAGCUCGGAGCUCGAGUUUGAGACUUCUGUCAAGGAGGGCGAGACGCUGCCGGCGAGCAUCAAGGAUUUCUUGGAGAAUGGCCAGUUUGAGCUCAAGGACGUGCCCGGUCAGCAGGAUGUGUUUUUGACGAGGAACUUUGGGAAUGAAAAGAUCACCGUCUCCUUCUCCAUCGCCGACCUCUCCUCGUUCCAAGAGCAAAACUUUGAGGACGACGCCCUCGCUGAUGAAGAGUUUGAGGAGAUGAACGACUCCCGCGAGAACGGCAAGUCUGGUGCUGCUGAUUUGGCUGAGGAGGCGGAGGAGGAGGAUAUGGAGGGUGGUGCUGAUACUGAUGCCAUGCCCUGCCGGCUGAACAUUGUCGUUGAGAAGCCCGGCAAGGGCGCGCUCAAUGUUGAGGCGAUUGCUCAGGAUGGCACCGUUGUUGUUGAGAAUGUCUACUAUUACAAGGACGCCAAGCUUGCACACAGCAGCAGCCCUGAUGCGGUGCAUGCUGCGCAGGAUGCCUACCCUGGCCCUGCGUUUGGGAGCCUGGAUGAGGACCUUCAGAUCUUGCUGGAGAGGUAUCUGGAGGAGAGGGGCAUCACGCCUGCGCUGGCGCUGUUUGUGCCGGAUUACAUGGAUAUGAAGGAGCAGAAGGAGUAUUUGGCUUGGUUGGAGAAUGUGAGGGGGUUUGUUGAGGCUUAA